GUUUCUUAUUCGUACUCCGUUCAAAUCCCACGCCGAAGCCUUUUCAUGAAAACCUGUUAACAGUUAAACACAACAAUAGAAAACCUUUCACAUUCUAAAGAAGGCAAAUGUCAUAACAUUUUCCCAAAAACUCUUUCAAGUCUCUGCUAAAAGAAGCUAAAAAGCAUUAAAAAGAUGCUGGGAAACUGGCAACGUUGGUGUCGAUUGUGUGCAAAAAUUAAUUCUGAAGACAUAGAUAAAACAUUUAAAAUGGAAUUGAUCAAAAAUGAAUUGGAAAUCGUCAAUAAAUACUUCAUGAUUUCGUUCAUGCCAUUUGAAGAUAUUCAAUCAUUAAUUUGUGGAGAAUGUAGCGAUUUUCUGUCGAAAUUGGAACACUUUAGUGAGCGAUGUACAAAAGUUGACCAAAUGUUUAGAGAGCUAAUUCUUAAGGAAAACAUCUCAGAAUCUGAUCUUCAAUCCAUACGCUUUAAAUAUGAAGUGGACAACGAAGAAAUUAAAUAUAGCACAUUUCUUCCGGCAAUUCAAAAUGUAGAAGAAAUAAAGCAAGAUAUUUUGAAUCCUGAUUCCUCUUCUGAUCCGCUUGAAACAGAAAUUACAAUACCAACUGUCAAAAAGGAAAUACCUGAAAUAGAAAAUCUACCAACAGUGCGAAAACGUGGACGACCAAGAAAAUCAAAACCGCAAGAAAAUCUCUCAAAAUCAGAAGAAAUUUCAAAAUCUGAAACCGACAGCGAAAUAAUUAGAAAUGAAGAUACUAGAUUACGGCUUGAUUUAGAUAAGCAAAAUACCCCAGAAAACAAACGUAUUAGGUACAAAGAAACACCCAGUGAAUGUAAGAUUUGUUCGAAAACUUAUAGCCGAAAGUAUUUGCUAAAAGUUCACAUUCGUGAGCAACAUUCAAAAGAAUUCCCAUUUGGCUGUACAAGUUGCUCAAAGCGAUUUGCCACGAAGAAGAAAUUAAAAGUCCAUGAAAUUAGUCAUCUGUCUGAUGAAGAAAAAUAUGUCCAUCCAUGUCCGCAUUGUGGUAAAAAGUUCGGAGCCCGUGAAAAUAUGAAUGCCCAUAUCCGGAUAAUUCAUAUUGGGCACAGAACGUUUAUUUGCGAAGAAUGUGGGAAGAUAUUUCGUAAGAAAUGUGCCCUUGUGGCUCAUCAAAUUACCCAUAGUGACAAUCGCACUUUCCAGUGUUCCUUCUGUCCCAAGCGGUUUAAGGAUCGUCUGGGACUCAACACACAUGAAGAUACCCAUGAUAAUACCAUUUACGAGUGCCCAGAAUGUGGCGUUAAACUCAACACUAAGCGCACUCUUAGAAUGCAUAUGGUUAUUCAUUCUGAUGUUAAGAAAUACAAGUGCAACUACUGUGGAAAUGAGUACAAACGUGCUAGGACCUUAAAGGAUCACCUUAUUAUUCAUACUGGACAGCGGCCUUUUCAGUGUCCCUUCUGUGAUAAAGCUUUUGCAAACAGCUCCAACUGUUUGAGUCACAAAAGAAAGGCCCACCCUGCAGAAUUGGCUGCCCAGGAACAGUCUGGGGAACAAUCAAGGACAGUAAUUCCUGAGGUUCCAGAACUACAGUCAAGGGCAACGGAACCAAUCUCGCUCAUGGCUAUCGAGAAAAAUUAAUCUUAAUAUUAAAAUUAAAGGAUUAAUAUUACUACCAAAUACAUGGUAGUGUCCAAGAAGAAUCGGCGACAGAAUCAAAUUGCCUGUGAAAACAGUAAAUUUGACAGGGUAGACGAUUUUAAGUAUCUAGGCUCUUCUGUCAAUUCGACGAAUGCAAUGAGCAGUGAGAUUGCGGCAAGGGUUCUACAAGGAAACAGAGCCUUCUUUUCAUUGUUGCAUUUAUUCAAGUCCCGGUCUCUCUCUACCAAGACUAAAAUUAGACUAUAUAAGACACUUGUUCGCCCAGUAAUUACUUAUGCAUGUGAGACAUGGACUCUUACUGUGUUAUCACACUUGCAUAUUAAAAUUUUAAUACGAUUCACAUUAAUUGUCACUGGUGUGAGUCCAAAUAUGUAAUUUGUGUGUUUGAAUCAUUUUAUAUUCAAAAUUUGAUCUAUUUGUUGAUAAAAAGGUAGACAUGGCCCGCAAAAUUUGAUAUAAAUUGAUUUAUAGCAUUAAUGCGAAAAAUUAAUGCGAUUUUCUCUUUAAUUUUUUAAUGUGAAAAAUAUUUAUGCUUUAGGUAAAUUUAAACUUAUUUUUGCAGGCCAAGUCUACUUCUUUAUCAAUAAAUAGAAAAACCCCAAAUAUAAAGUGACUCAAAGACACAAAUAACAUAUUUGGACGCUCACAAGCGACAAUUAAUGUGAAUCACAUUAAAAUUUUAAUGUGCAAGUGUGAUAACGCCGUUACAAAGGCAGAUAAACGCAAGUUAGAAAAAUUCUGAGGAAAAUAUAUGGUCCUGUUGAAGAGUCCCCAGGCGUGUGGAGAAUUCGCUGGAACGAGGAAAUCUACAGCCUGUAUAAAGAUGAAAAAAUUGUUAAUGUCGUCAAGAGCAUGAGGUUACAAUGGGUCGGGCAUGUGUUACGAAUGGAGCCGAAUUUACCCGCGAGAAGAGCCUUGGAUGGAAACCUACCUGGAAAAAGAACAGUUGGGAGACCGAAAACUAGGUGGAUCAGCCAGUUGGAGGGAGAUUUGGAUAAACUGAAAGUAAGAAACUACAAGAAGUUGACGGGAGACCGGACGGUGUGGAGACGAGUCGUGGUGAGUGAGGCCAAGGUCCUAGAUGGACUGUAGUACCAAUAUGAUGAUGAUUAAAGGAUUAAUGAUAUUUUUAAGUACUCUGGGUAUACCAUCGCCACCUAUUUUUCCAAUAAAAUAUUUAAUUCGAUUC